AUGUGCCUGGUUCGGUGCACACCCCGCAGGGCGGCAGCGCCAGGGAACCGAGCGCUUUCCAGAGCCCCGCUACCUCGCUCCGCUUCGGCGGCCGCGAUCAUGUUCCAGCCUGCGGCCAAGCGGGGUUUCACCAUAGAAUCCUUGGUGGCCAAGGAUGGUGGUUCCAGCGGGAGCCCUGGCAGUGGGGGCGCGGGCUCCCAUCCUUUGGCAGUGGCCGCCUCAGAGGAACCGCUCAGGCCCACGGCUCUCAACUACACUCACCCCAGUGCGGCCGAGGCGGCCUUCGUAAGUGGUUUCCCGGCCGCUGCCGCCGCGGGUGCCGGUCGCUCGCUCUACGGAGGGCCGGAGCUUGUGUUCCCCGAGGCCAUGAACCAUCCGGCGCUGACGGUGCACCCGGCGCACCAGCUGGGAGCCUCCUCGCUGCAACCCCCUCACUCUUUCUUCGGCGCCCAGCAUCGGGACCCUCUCCACUUCUACCCCUGGGUGCUUCGGAAUCGCUUCUUCGGCCACCGCUUCCAGGCAAGCGACGUUCCCCAGGACGGGCUGCUUUUACACGGGCCCUUCGCACGCAAGCCCAAACGGAUCCGCACGGCCUUCUCGCCCUCGCAGCUGCUGAGGCUGGAGCGAGCCUUCGAAAAGAAUCACUACGUGGUGGGAGCUGAGCGGAAGCAGCUGGCCGGCAGCCUCAGUCUCUCUGAGACGCAGGUGAAGGUGUGGUUCCAGAAUCGGAGGACAAAAUACAAACGGCAGAAGCUGGAGGAGGAAGGGCCUGAGUCCGAGCAGAAGAAGAAGGGUUCCCACCAUAUCAACCGGUGGCGUAUCGCCACGAAGCAGGCCAACGGGGAGGACAUUGAUGUCACCUCUAAUGAUUAG